AUGGCGCGGCGCGUCGACGACGAGCUCGCGCGCGAGGCCGCGCGCUCGCGGUCGCGCACGAUGUGCGAGGCGGUGCGUCGAUUGGGAACGCUCGACGACGUCGCGAGUCGGUCGGGGCGGCGCGCGCUGCACGUCUUGGUGCUCGGCGCCGAUAGACGGGAGGGGACGACGCCGGAGGACGUCGCGCGGUCGUUCGGGGGGCUGGCGACGAUGGCGAGGGAGGAGGGGGUCGAGGAAGUUUCCGUCGUGUGCGUUGGACCGAACGUGCGCGUGGACGAGGGGGUGGAGUUGGGACGCGCGGUGACGGCUGAAGAGGCGACGGCGAAGCGGGCGGCGGUCACGGUGGAAUUUCGAUGCGGGCUACAUCACGAGUGCGCGUCGAGCGAUGAUGUGGAUGAGCGAGCGAACGUGGCUUUCGCGUUUAAUGCGGGCGUAUGGGGGUACGAUCCGGAAGAUUGGCUCCCGACGAUCGAGCGAGUGGUGGUACGGGACGAGACACCGCUCGUGGUGACGUCGUACUCGCUUCGCGAGGCGGAGAGCGACGAAGACAGCAUACGUGAGAGUUUUAGCGAGUUUGAGAAUGUUUCAUGGGUGUGGGAGGCGGAGAUUAAUGAGAGUUCAUCGGCGCCGGUGCGCGAACUCCUUUUUGAUCGAAGCGCUUACAUGAACGGUGGCGGAGAAGAGUUGCGAGAAAAUUUAGCGUGGCAGUGCGUCGCUCUUGUAAACUAG